UUGAGAGUGACAUGAAAGAUGGCUGAGUCUAACGAAGUGAGCGUGGAUUCAGAUAGUUUUCUGAAGGAAGAGUUACUGCAUGUUGAAGAACUUCUUGUUAGCAGCAGAGAGGAAUGCAUUGAUGUUGCUGCAAAGUAUCAAAAUUUAAGUGCACAGGUGGAAGAUCUGAUUAAACUUCAAAAUGUUUCAUCUGAUGACUCAGUUACUAGUGAGCAUUCAGAACAUCUAAAAGAAGUCAAGAGUAGUUUAGAAGAGCAAUUAUAUAAAUAUGAAAGUCGGAUUGCCGCAUACCAGCACAAUCAGUCAAAUCAAGCCAGAAUUGUUAAUGAUCUUCAGAAUCAUGUUGAAGAAUAUCGGAUUCGCUGUGCAAAGCUAGAAGCUGCUUUGGCUGAACAUACUGCUAAUGAAGCCAAUAUUGUGGAGUCAGAUUCUCAUUCCCAGAAUGCUUUAUCAAUGGAUCUGGAAACUGCUUUAAUUAGACUUGAACAAGAAAAAAAUAGGUGUCAAGGCUUAACUCAGAUAAAUACACUUUUACGUGAACAGCUAGAAACUGCUACAGAAGUUAAUCAAACUCUUACAUCAGAUGUUCAUCGUCUGACUAAAGAAUGGCAGCAUGCAAGAGCUCAGCUAUUAGCAAAAGAAUCAGAAUGGAAAGAAGAGGAACAAUCAUUCAGUCUGUAUUUCACCAAAGAGAGCAACAUGCUUUUAUCAUUAUGGCAUCAAAUAUUGAACUUCAAGCAUGAUUUUACAAAUCUAAGAAACUCAACAGAAAGAGAUCUCUCAUCUUUUAAAAUGUGUAUGUGUCACAGUGUUCAGAGUAUUAUUGAAUUACAAGAGAUAAAUACUGAAAGAUCAUUACAGCCUAUUUUAGGUCUUAAAUAUAAUAACAGAGAGUCUGAUAAGUUUGAUGCACCUGAAAGAAUUGAAAAUUCAUUUGAAACAGCAAAGCUGCAAGAAAGAAUACAUGAUUUGAUUGAAAGAAAUGAAAGAAUUCCGUUGUUGCUUGAAGAAAAAGAGAAAGCUAAUUCAGCUCUAUGCAAUGCAGUAGAAAAAAUUAACACCUCCUUAAAAGAGAAAAUGAACAAAACUGUUUCUACUGGUAAGGAACAGCAGGCAAAUAAGUUAUUACAAGAAUAUUCUGGAGCCUUGAAAGAAAUUUCUGAAAUUCUUUUGGAUGAUCCAAACUGUGAAGUUUCUCCAAAUAUAGCUGUCUUAAGUUUGAUUGAGUCUAUGUCUGAAGUAAAGGAAGGUAUUCUGUCACAUGAAAGUACAUUGCAGCUUCAUUCACUUGUUUCUUCAGUUAAAUCAGCUUUGCAAAAAUAUCGCAAGCAAAUUGAGGAAGCAAAUAUAAAGGUAUCUGCAUUGAAGGAGCAGAAUGUAAUGCAGGAAAGGACAGUUGAAUUUCUGGAAGAUGAGCGACAGAAAAUGCAACAACUGAAUUCUCAGCUGUCGUCUCAAUUUGAAUCACUUCAUCUAAAAAUGCAAGAUUGUUUCAAGGAGGAUUCAAAAACUGAUGAAGUGUUAGAAAACAAACACGUGUCAUAUUUAGAAAGCAUGCUUAAAUCUUUAAAUGACCAAAUAGAGAGUCUAAAUUCUGAGAAAGAUCGCUUAUUAACAGUCCAGACUGAACUUCAAUCAAAACUUCAAAAUGCAAAUGAAGAGAAAAAGAAUAUAAAAAUUUCAGAACAGAAUCUAGUAUUGGAAGUCAAUAAAAGCAAUAAAAAAAUUGACACUUUGGAAAAAAAAAUGGAAUCUAUUAGAAAGGAAUAUCAACAAUCUCAAGAACUUUUGCAGCAGUCAUUAUUAGAUAAAGAAUUAUUAGAAGAGGAAAAGACAAAAUUUUCCACUAUUCUUUCAAAUAUGGAGAAGCAGUGUUUGGAUUUAAAGAACUGUCUGGAGAAAUUGCGAGAUGAAGAAAGUUUUGUUAAAGAUUCCCUCAUUACUUUGCAAAAUUUAAGCCAGUCCUUUUCACUGGAAAAGUCUGACUUAACUAAGUCUUUAAAUGAUGCUAUGCAAGAAGUGGAGAAAUUGAGAACUGAUAAGUCAAUUGCAAAGGUUGAGUUAGGAGUAGAACAAAUACAAAUGAAAUCAAAGAUAGAGGAACUUAUGGAGAAGUGUGCAGAGCUUGAGAGAGAAAGAGAGAAUCUUCAGAAGCAAUUACAAGAAGUAGAAUCAACAAAACAUGAUGUUGAAGAAGAAAAAAGCCAAAUUUCUCUUCGCAAUAAUGAUCUUUCUAAUCAAGUUACAAAGUUUUCCACCCAAAAGAAGACAUUCGAAAUCGAACUAGAGCAAAUAAGAGAAGAACUGAAGCAACAAGUAGCCCUAACAGAAAAUGCAAAUAAAGAAAAUAAUUCCUUGAUUCGUACAAAAGCUGAACUGAGUAUGAAGUUAGAAACCAUGGAAAAAGAAAUCACUCAGCUGAAUGAAAUCACAGGAGCUUUACAGGAAGAAAAGGCUAAUUUAGAAAAAGCUUUAUAUACUUCUCAGAAAUUUAGUGUAACCCUUCAAGAAGAGAAAUCUGAUUUGGUGAGGGAGAUAGAAAAUCAUAAAGCUACUAUUACAAAUCUCCAAGCACAGUUGAAGAAUUUAAAGGAUUUUCAUCAAACAUUUGCUGAUGAUGCAGCUAAAGAAAAGGAAGCGCUUUCUAUAAAAAUGCAGGAGAUUGAACAGGAGUUUCAGAUUCGCCUCAGGAAUGAAAGGCAUCAGCAUAAUGUUGAUAUCGAUAUUCUUUCCCAAGAAAAAGAAUCACUCCGUGGAAGAUUAGUUGCUGCUAUUGACGAACUUUUUGAACGUCAUCAGAAACAGCAGGAAGAUUUAAUAAUUUUUCAUCAAGAAGAAAUUAAUAAUUUGAAAAAGCAUAUUGCCUCUAGUGAGAGGGAACAUGAAGAAAAAAUUAUGCAUCUGGAAGCAAAAAAUAAGAGAAUCCAAAAUGAUUAUAAGCUUCAAGUUUCAAACUUAGAACGCACCAUUAAGCAGUUGCAAAGUAAUUUUUCUGAAAAUGAAGAUAUGUCUAAAAAUUUUGCAGAACAACUUAGAGCUGCAAAACUAGAUGUAGAGAGAAUUCUUCAAGAAAAGUUAGAUACUGAGCAGAAGAUGCAAGAUGAAAUCAACAACAUGAAGUCUGAGCAUAUGAAGUUUGUAAGAGAUCUUGAAAACCAAAUUAGAGACUUGAAACAACAGAAAGACUCUGCAGUUGAAGAUUUAGCCCAGUUACAGUUAAAGAUGAAGAAUUUUGGAUUUGAGAAGAAUCAAAUAAUUGAAGAAUUAGAACAGGCUAAUUCAAAUGUUAAGAGUGAAAUUAGUUCUAAAAUCCAGCUAGAAGAUAAAGUAGCUUUACUGGAAAAUCAGUUGCAAGAUGAAAAAAGCUUGAAUGAAGUCAUUAAUAAAACUUUUGAUGAUUGUAAAAGUCGUUUAAAAUCAACACAAGCUGAAAACAUGGAACUUAAGCAGAAAAUAGAGGAAUAUCAUCAAAAGAUAAAUGGUUUUGAAAGUUCUUAUGGGAAGCUGAAAUCUCAGUACCAGGAAAUGAAGAACACAUUGAGAGAAGCAGAGAAAUCACGUCAAGAUCUUAAGCGGGAAGUACAUAAUUUAAAAAGAAAGGUAUCUUCUCUGGAAAACACAUUAAAUUCUAAGGAACAGGAAAUUACGGAAUUAAACAUGUUGCAUGAAAAAGAAGAAGAAAAAGAGCAAGAGUUAAAGCAAGAAAUCUUAUCUUUGAAGCAAAAUAUCAUGGAAUCCAAUGCUUCAAAUGAAGCUACAAAGAAAGAGUUGUUGAAUUCAAGGCAGAAAUUGUCUACCUUGGAGCAUAAAUUAAAACUUCAGCAGGAACAACAACAGUCAGUUCUUCAAGAAUACUUAUCAAAUGAGCAAAAUCUGUCUGAACAUAGAAUUAACCUGGAAAGAUCAAUGGUAGAUGCUGCAAAAGAAUUACAAACAUUACGUUCAAAUUUAAAUUUUGAGGAAGGAAAGGUUUUGGCUUUGGAAGCAAGAGUUGUGAAACUGGAUGGGGCAAAGCGAGAUGUAGAGAAUAGAUUGUAUUCAAUUUGUUUAUUUCUUCGGUCGAUACUUGGACUAGGAACUGACAGUGGCUUUUUGAGUGUUAGUUCAAAUAUACACCAAGGCUCUUGGCCAUCACACAGAGCAUCACCUGAAAAGUCUGGAGAUAUCACUAGAUCUUCUGUUCCAGAUAGCCCUCAUCGACUUAACUUUUCAAAGAGCAGUUCUCCUGCUCAGUUCACUGUAUCUGAUCUUGAUAUUGAGCUACUAAAAUCAUCUCUCAUGGACUUAAUACAGAAGUUUAAUUCUAUUGAGAAAGAAAGAGAUGAUGUGAAGGAUGUUUUAGCAAAUGUACAGAGACAAGAAGAGGAAUUGAAAAGCGAACACAGUCGCUGCCUUUCUAAAAUUUUUCAGCUGAAGAGAGACUUAGAAGAUAAAAAAAAUGUUGAAAAGGAAUUGGCCACCAAAAUUGCUAGUGUUCACCACCAUGAGGAAGUUAUAAGAACUCUAGAAAGGGAAAAAAGAAGAUUAACAGAAAAAAUUGGCAACUCAGAAUUUAGUUUAUCAUCUGCAGAGAAAGAAAAGGAAAAACUACUUGAUCAGAUAGCUGAAAUGAGAAAGAUGAAUGAAAAAUAUCAAGAAGAAAUAAAAUCCUUAAAGUCUGCAAAAGAAGCUGCUGAAUCAAAAGCUAUUAAAUACUUUAAAGUAUAUCAGUCUAUGGAAGCAGAUGUAGAAUUAUUGCAAGAAACUCUUUCAAACAAGGAACGAGAAAUCAUGGCUCUGGAGCAAAGUGUUAACAAGAAGCUUCAAUCAUCGGAAUCUCGGAAUAAAACGCUUCAACAAAGUGUUGAACAAUUAAAUUCAAUAAUUCAGAAACAUGUUGAAAAUGAACAACUUUUAAAACAGAAGGUUAACAAUUUAAGCCAUACAUUGUCUCAGACUUCCACUUCUCAGGAGAAUUUAUAUGAAGAUCUGGAGAGAUUUAAGAAAGAAGAUUUAAUGCAAAAAUCAGAAAUGUCAACUCUGCGACAUUCUAAUGAAGAAUUAAAAGCUCGAGUUGAUGAAUAUAAAUUGAAAAUAAAACUUCUCAAAGAUGAAGUAGAAGAUUUAAAACAGAGUUUGGCUCAGAGUGAAGCAAUUCAAAAAGAAUAUCUUGAUCAGAUAAAAAAAUUACAGACAAUGUUACUGAAAACUCAAGACUUGGAGAGAGAAGCCAGUCAACAAGUGAGCAAGCUAGAAGAACAAAAACAUAGUCUUGAAAAGAGAGUAAUUGAGUUAAGUGCAUCCUUGAGGAAUAACCAAAUUAUCAUUGAAGAAAAAGAUGACUUGUGUCAAAAACUUGAAAAGGAUAGAGCUUCUCUGCAGAAGUCUCUGGAUAAGAUUGAAAAAGAGAAACAGAGAACAAGUGAAAUUUCUGCAAAAUCUAUGAUAGAGAAAAGUUCCCUGGGAAGAUCUUUAACAAAAAUGGAAAUAGAAAAUCAAGCAUUACAACAAAAAGUACAAAAUUUGCAGGCUGAGUUAGCAGAACUGGAAGAACGUCAUGCUCAAAGAGUGAAAGACUUUUUAAAAAGCCAAAGUUUAGAAUCAAAGUUAGAAGAUGAUCGAUUACGCACAGCUCUGAAACAAGCCGAGCAGAUAAUGGAGGCUAGAGAAAAAACACAUCGUCAGAGGAUUCUUGGUUUAGAAGAACAGAUUGCUGUUUUGAAAGGACAUUUAGAACGAGAAAAACUUCGAUGGCAGCAGUAUCAUCAGCGUUCCCUAUCUACAAAUGCCAAUAUUAAUUACUUACAUUCAGUCCUAAGUAGAUCUCUACAGAAUGUGGCUGAUGACCCCCAAAAACUACUUCCUGAGGCUGAAAGACUUGAUUUAACAACAGAAGUAGAACUGAGUGCAUCUCCUGGGGUCAGCAUAUCCACUCCAUCUAAAUUAUCUAGGUCAGCCUCUUAUGCUCAAAUGACAUCAACACCUAAAGCCAAAAAGCGCCUUGAUCUAUCAUCAAAAUCAUAA